AUGUUCUUUUGCGAGGAGAAGGAGCCGCGUAAAAGGGCCAAGAAGACUAUCGACGAAGGUGGUCUUUUGGGAAAGCUCGCCGGAUUCCGAACUGGACACCUCGCCAAACUACCGGGGGUAGGGAGGCUGAUACAGCCUGCAGCGGGGACCGAAGACAUUCGGCAAUCGGCAGGAUCUGGCAUGAUAUCUGAUGUCUACUUCGACCCGUCAGCUCCUAUCAAAGCCAUCGCGAUGCCAAUAUUCGUCAAGCAGGUCGGUAAUAUCCUACGGAAAGCUACAGCUAACGCUGUCUUCGAGGGAGAAAGAUGUGUCUAUCUGUCCGUUUCACACGUGUUCUUCGGCGACGUAUCUUCACCACCAGCCGUGUCUACUGCCAGCGACAGCGAAUUUGACUAUGGAAGUGGAACUGAAGACGAAGAUGAUGACAGAUGUAUGGAUGCGACAUCGCGCGCGAGUGUCAGCUCAUUAGAGGAAGGCUCUGACGACCAAUCGGAAUCGCCAACUUGCAAGUCUACCUCGACGACGUCACCUGUACCAUCGGUCCAAAGCGAUCAAGAUUUUCCAGACGUGGCAGAUUUGGUGCUUUUAGGUCAUCUGACAACAUCUACAACCGCUGAGUCCGAGCAAGCCUCCAGUAUACGACGAUAUGGGUAA